GCCGAUGGAAAAAAAAAAAGCGAUGUCUGUUUUUCUUCUCUUCCUCUCUCCGUCUCUGUUUCUUCAUCAUCUUUACCUCUGCUGCAUCUGUGAAACUUACUCUACUGUAAUUCCAACCAUGUCGACUAUUAUGCAGAAGAUCAAAGAAAUCGAAGAUGAGGACUCAGAAGAACAAGGCCACCUCGCAUCAUUUUGGUUUGUUAAAGUUCCUUGGAAACUGAUAUUUUUGCAUAAGAAGUUGUCGUGGGCUCAGAAAGGAGAAGUGUUUCAGACUCCCAAAUCCAAAAGCUUCGAAAUUCAGGUCACAUGCGGUACUCAGACCACUAAAAGCUUCAAUGAAGACAACAAGCUUACACAUUGGAUGAAGUGAAUGAAAAGACUAAGGCCUUCCGUGAAUCUGCUAUGAAGCCACCACCACCUGCUCCUCUUGAUUCUUCCUCAGCCAUUGAUAAAUAUCAGGCAAUGUUGUACUCUGCUGCCAUCAAAGGUAUGCUUUUGCCUUCUAUGACACUUAAUUGCUCCAGUCUCCAAUCGAUCUCUUCUUUUCAAAUUCUGGUUGUUUGUUAUAGUGAUGGCUACUGUGGAGAAGCCUAUUGAUUCAAGCCAUGGUGAUUCUGCCACGUCUUCAAAUCAGGUCACACUGGAAUCGAUAGAGAGAUCUUGGAAUCCUUUCAUGGUUAUACUUCCUCUGUUGGUGUUGUGAACAUAUGUAAAUAUCACAGAGGAUGAAACAUUUGUUAUAAAGUCCCACCAAUAAUCUGUAUUUUUGUUAAUGUCUCUUAACAUUGUCCUUACCUUAAAAAUAAUAAUAAAAUAAUUUAAGGACUCUAACAUUUGUCCUACCAAUAAU